AAAUGUGUUAAGCGGCGAAGAAAAUAAGAAUUGUGAUGUGUCUUCGUGAAAAAAUCUUUUAACAUAAAUAAAUAACUUUAAAAUUAUUUGAAUGUGUUUAAAACUAUGUAAAAUAAUUAGUGUGAUAAAAAUAAAAAUAUUUUAUAUUAUUUGAAUAUAAAAUUAAAAAAUUACACGGCAAAAAUAUGACGAGAAUUUCAUAUUGUGUGACGAAGAAUUUUUUUUUGCAAAUAAAAAUCAAGAAAAAAAUUGGUGGUGUUGUGCGUAAUAUGAAUUAUUAGUUUCGUGAUUUAGCACAACAAUAUAAUUUCAUAAAGAUUUUACGUUGUUUUUAUAAAUUACAACAUAAAUACUGAAACAGAUAUUAAAAUUAGUAUUGAAAAUCCUAAAAAAUUAUAGUAAAUAACAUUUUGACAGAAAAUGGUGGUCUCAAACCCCAAAAGAAAACGCAAGGAGUCCCCACCGCCACCACCCACUUCGGCUAUUGAGUCUUCACCAGAAAUGCCGAAAAGGACUAAGGUGCAAGCUCAACGGAAAUUCGCACAAGGGCAAAAUGUGCCAACUUCUUCAUAUAGUUCUGUAAAUGUUGCUUCAUCAUCUUCAAAUACUGGCCCAAGUACUUCAUCGGAGAGUCGAGAACCACCUACUGAUAUUUUACCAAAUAAAAAGCCUAAAACAGAAGAUUUUUUAACAUUUUUGUGUUUUCGUGGCACACGAGCUUUACCCGCGCAUUUGGAUUUUUUAAAUCAAGGCAAGCCAAAAGAAACAGAACCAGUAGAAAGCAAAAACUUAGCUAAACCAAAAGCUGCGAAAAAAGGCAGAAAAGGUCGACCAAAAAAUAUAAAUAAAAAAAUAGAACUUAAAGGAACUACGGCAGAAGUUACAACAUCCUCUACAGAUGCAGUUAAUGCUACAACUAAUACAAAUACUAUAGUUGGUAAAACUGUCAGUGAGAGUUUACCUGAAAUUAAAGAUAAAAAAAAUAAAACACCGGUCCUGGAAUCUUCAUGUGAGGAAACGGUUAUACCUUUUGCCGUUCGAAAGCGGGCUGAAGUUGUUGCUGAUGGAAAUCGGCGUAGUCGUGUUGCUGAUCGAUUGAAUCGGGGUGCAACAGAUGUUGAUAAGUGCAAUAAUUUGGCUGAAGUAAAACGACGUUCGAAUAGGUCAGCGGCAAAAGAUGGUAAGCAAGGAACGGAAACUAUAGCAGACGGUGGCGACUUAUCGGAUAAUGAAUAUUUAAGCAAAGUUGAAGACAAUAAGGAAUUAGUUGCAAUUGCUAAUGAAAGAAAAAAAACUAAAACACCUCUGUCACAAGGAAGAAAUUCGGCAACACCAUCUAAAGAGAGUGAAAAAGAAUAUUCUAAAAAUACCAAACGUUCAUCCUCAGUUGCAAACAAAUUAAUAGAAUCUCUAAAAGAUGAUAUAAACGAGUUAAGUAAUCGCAAUUCUCCUAAAUUAAUACAAAAACAGGAACAGUCGCUGAAAGAUACAAAAGAAAAACCUCCCGUGAAACGGCCCAGACAAAAAGAAUCACCUAUUUUUAUUCCUUCGCCUGAACCAUCUGGACGUAUGACAAGACAAAGAGCAUUUUUUGAACCUGUGAAAGUGCCACACCGUGAAGAUACACAAGAAGUAGGUGACAAAUCAAUUGAUACAGUUAAUGAAAUAGUUAAUAAAAAAGUUGAAACUGUUGAAAGUCUUCCAAAAGUUGAAGUAUCGAGUGUGAAAGAAAAAGAAGUAGAAAAAAUUGGUAUUGAAAACGGUAAACCAGAAUCUAUUAAAGUAUCAAGACUACCCGCUGACAAAACUAAAUCAAAAGCCAACGUCUUUGAUUUUUCAUCUGAUGACGAGCAACCAUUGGCAAAAUCAAUUAAAUUAAAAAAAGAAAAAAUUGCAAAGAAAACUACACCACGCGUCAAUAGUAAGGUUGUUGAAAAGACAUCGCCAAAGAAAUCAGUGGACAAAAAGAAUGAAAUAAAACCUAAAUCAGAAAUUGAAAUAUCUAAAAAUUUUGAGCAAAAAGAAAUUGCUCCAACAGAUGAAAUGAUUAAGUUGGAAACUGAAACGAAAGUAGAUAUAUCUAAUGAAAUGACUAAAGCGAAACCUAAACGUGGCAAGGGUGCAAAAAAGAAAAAUGAAAGUAUCGAAGAAAUAGAUAGCAAAGAAAUUUCUGCUCAACAAACUCCAAAAAAAAUUAAAAAUGCCCGUCAAUCUCGAAAAAAAAUAAAAACAGAAACUCAAGUGGUAAAUGGAGAAAAUAAAAAAAUUGUUGCAAGUAUUCCACGCAAUCAACGUCCAACUCGAAAAACAAAGGAACGGGCUACAAUUUAUAUGGGAAUAAUUGGUCACAAACUGCAACUUGCAGAGGACGAUGAUGAUGACUUAUCCUUGAAUAGUUACCCUGAUUUACCCAAUGUGAAAGAAAUGGAAAAAAUGGAAAAUGAGUUAAAGUUAAAAGCACAAUCUAAUUCAGUUGAAAAACAGAUAAGCACAUCACCUAUAUUACAGAAAAAGGUUACAUCUCAAACUAAACCAGAAUCUCAGGGAGGAUUAGAAAAGCCUAUAGGUGCACGCCGUGGUCGACCUCCAAAACAACCCAAACCUGAGCCAGUAAAACGAGAAAUAGAAGGUAUGUUGGUUAAAAAAGGAACUAUUGCUAAAAUUACAACACCAGUUGAAAAGAUGGUAGAGAAAUCAGAACCCCUUAAAGCAGAUACUGAUGAUGAGGACUUCUUACUUAACGAGGAAGUCAAUGAAACUAAACGAAAACUUGAAAGGAGCUUUAGUGAUUCUGAUGAUGAACCGUUAGCUAUUAAAGCGAACUCGAAAAGUGUAGAUAAGGACACCGAAGAUAUUUUAAAGAAAAUUGAUAUAAUGGAUUAUGAUUCCGACAGGGUUGUUGCUGCAACGGCAUUAACAAUGCUGCCUCUUGCUCAGAAACCAGUUUUAACUCCCCCAAUGACAUCUCAUCAAAUAAAUAUCUCACCAAUAACAACACCUACAAUCUUACCAACAUCGCAAACGCCAAGCCCAUUUAAAACAAUUGAGAAAAAAUCACCAGUGCCUACAUCAAAAAUAUUAAACGUACCGGCAACGUAUGGUGUGCCAUCGACAACAUCUGUACCAGCAAGUCCAAAUUUUAAUUCUAGUUUUAAUAAAACUUCUUACUUACCACAAAUGACACCACAUUAUCAUGGCAAUCUUGUCAGGACACCUACACAUCAGUUUCCUACUGCGAAAUCUCCCACAGUUCCAGCUCCAGUUCCAACUCCAUCAGCAUCAGUACAUUUAUCAAGCUCACUCUCUCAACAAUCCCCAAUUAAAUAUCAAACAACACCAACGACAUAUCCUCCUCCAAUUGAGGCUUAUCCGUCACCGAAAAUAAAUCCGAAUUUUUUAACACCGAAAUUUGAUCGCACUACGUUACCACGUCCAAAUAAUUUUCCAUCACCUUCCCCAGUAAAAUUUGAUGCAGCAACAAAAGCUGGAUUAGCUGGACAUAACUUACAAAGUCCGAAAACACCUGCAAUCAUAUCAGGUACGAGCACACUGUCGGCGAUAAAUACAUCAGCAUCUACAUCCGCGGCAGCGGUUGCAGUUGCUGCCGCAACAAAUAGCGCUGAUCCAUUAAAGGACGAAAUUGGUAGUAUUUUGGCAGCAAAUCUCAUGCCGAGCAAAGAAGAAUCAGGUAAGAUAUUUGGUAUUGCUAGUGUUAGUCUCGCACAAAGUUCUGGACCUGACAAUACAAAAUGUACACUUGGAAAGUGUGGAUCCAUUCACAAGCCAGUAUUAGGACCAGUUGUUCCAACUGAGGGGUAUAUUGGUGAUCAAUUAUCAAGUAAAGAAAGACGUAAAGCAAAAGUAAACAUGACGCAUGAGCAGAUACAAAAAUGGUUGAUUGAAUGUUCGUCUAAUCCCGAUGAAAUACAGGAUGAUUUGGAUGAUGAUUUUGAUGAUAAUUUACGUCCAAAUCACUUUGCAACCACACCACCACCUACAAGAGAUGAUAAGGAGAGUACUUCUUUCAGUUCUUCAUCGAAGGCUACAAGAGACUUUGGGAAAAGUGAAAGUGCGUGGUCAACAAAGGGACCAUCACUUAAAGCUACUCCAGUAAUUGCUUCAUCUAAUAGAAAAGAAGAAACUAAGUUAAUUGAUUUAGAAGUUGCAUCAGAAACAAACCGAAGCGCUAGUGGUCAAGCAAUAAAUCUCACUCAUAAAUCCGCAUCAAAAACUAACACUAACUUAAAUGAAAACAAACAAACAAAAGAAAAAGUUGAUAAAAAAGUUGAAAAAAAAAGUGCUGCUAAAGAAUCGGGAAAUAAAGACAAUAAGCAAAAUAAAACAGAAAAGGAAAAAGAAAAAGAAAAAGAAGCUUCAAAUUCAAGUAAACAUACUAACUCAGCAGUGAUGCAACAUCAAUCAUCUUUAGAAAGUUCGUCUACAACAAAGCCAAGUAGAAAGAAAAAUUUCGCACAAUCAACGGUUACGAAUGUUGAAGAUAAAGGUUCUACAACAAAAGUUCAAAAAGCAAUAACUAGUUCCAGUACAGCUUAUGCAAAUCCAAAAACACCAAAGCGUACUCCUGUAUAUAAUCAAAAAACACCAAAGCAAAGUCCAAAUAAAGAGUCUCCGUCGACAGGUAAACAAAAGGGAUCAAAUUUUUCAUUUGGAGCAUUCUCUGUGGAUAAUGAGAAAUCAAUUUAUUCAUUUGACAAAUAUGAUGAAGACGAUAAAUCGAAACAAGAAUCCAAGUCAUCAUUACAUCGACAAACUGGUCAUGAUACUGAGAAUAAAACGCACAUCACAACACCAACAGCGAAAACAUCACCAACGAAAAAAAAAGGGGCCGCAGCAGCAACAGAAAAAUCAAAUAAGGAUAUUGCAAACCCAUCACAAAACAGUUCAGUUUCUCUUACUUUAAGUCCUUCAGAGAAGAGUAAGCUCAUCAAAGUUAGUUUGGAUGCAGAGAACACAGUUGCCGCUAAAGCUUCCGCGGGUUCAACGACAAAAGCAGCUAAAAAGAAUGAAGUAACCAAAACGAAUGAUUGUGAUUCUGACUCAGAUGGACACACAUUUUAUAUUCCGCUUCAGGGUAGUGGAGCUGGAUGUGAUGCAGAAGGCGGUAUACAGGGUGUGGCCGUAAAAUUAGGAAGAGAAGGUCCUGAGGGUCCAAACCAAAAAGUCAUUAUGCAUGCUACACUUGUAACCAAAGCGCAAAUGGGUUCAAAUACGAAGCCUUUACCUGAAUCUAUGAAUGCUUCAGAUAUUGUUAAAACGCUUAUAACGUCAUCAAAUAAUACAAAUCAAACUUCAGCAAAUAGUGCUAUUAAUGAAACAAGUAAGAAUGCUACUGCUACUGGUACUCCAAACUUAAAUAUCACACCUAGUACUUCUGCAGCAGCAGCUGCUGCAGCUGCUAGUUCAACAUCAAAUAGUCUUAAAAGUGUACCAAUCGGUACGGUACAACCUCGAUUCAAGGCCUCCGAUUCAACUACGAAUCCAGCAAGUACGUCUGGUUUAGGAACUGGCAAUACUCUAGUAAGAGUAAAUUCUAGCUCUUCGCUUUUUUCUGGUUCAGCGAAAUCGAAAAUCGGUGGUGCAGGGACAAGCAGCAACAAAAAAUUUAAGGAUGAUACACCCAUCAAAAUGUCGAAUAAUACGGCCUUUCCAAGAAAAGAUGAUCCCACGCAAAUGGUUGAAGCACCAAUAUUUAGACCAACAGAAAAAGAAUUUGCAGAUCCGAUUGAGUUUAUUGAACGUAUUACACCUAUUGCAGCACGUUUUGGUAUCUGUAAAAUAAUUCCGCCAGCAAAUUUUAAACCAGAAUGUCGUAUAUCCGAUGAAAUGAGAUUUACUGCUUAUAAUCAAUAUGUCCAUAAAAUGUUGUAUCGAUGGGGACCAAGCGCAAAAGAACUGAGUGCAAUAAAAAAGUACUUGACAACACAAAGUAUUGUGAUGAAUACACCGCCAUGGAUUGGAGGAAUGGAAGUUGAUUUACCACGUUUGUAUCAUACUGUACAGGAGUUAGGAGGACUAAAAGAAGUUAUUGAAAAGAAGAAGUGGGCACGCGUAGCUGAGGAAAUGUGCAUACCAAAGUUAGCACAAGAUCGUGUCACAAAACUUGAUGAUAUAUACUGUAAAUAUUUGCUACCAUAUGAUACAUUGUCUCCAGCAGAGCGUCAAAAAUUAUUUGAUGAAGUAGAAGCAGAUUGGGCUAAACGUGAAGCUCGGGCCAGACGUAACGCAGAUAGAUUUGCAAACACUGAAAGCGGUUCCAAUGAAGAUGAUAUUUCAUCUGAGAACGAAGAAUCUGAAGAAGAAAUAGAUGGUGUAUCAAUGGAGUGCAUUGUUAAGGGCCGCAGUAUGCCACUAAGCCAGUUUUAUAGGAUUGCACGAAAUACAAUGGCUUUAUGGUUUAAGAAUACCGAACCAACUGUAAAUGAUGUUGAGGCAGAAUUUUGGCGACAUGUUGCAGUACGUGACAGUCAUGUAUGUGUACAUUCUGGUUCGAUCGAUUCAUCGGGCUGGGGAUAUGGAUUUCCUAGUCCUGGUCCAAAAGGAAAAGGUUCAAAUUAUGCACGUCAUCCAUGGAAUCUAAAAGUACUGACUAAUAAUCCUGGAUCAGUUUUACGUUCAUUGGGGCCAGUGAUGGGCGUUACAGUACCUACUUUACAUGUUGGUAUGUUAUUCUCUGCUUGCUGCUGGUAUCGUGAUCCACAUGGCUUAUCUUGGAUUGAAUACUUGCAUACUGGUGCUUCCAAACUGUGGUAUGGCAUCCCAGAUGAUCAAAGUGCAAAUUUCCGUUCUGCGUUAACUUCACUCAUUCCAACACAUUGUCAAAAUAAAACAAUAUGGUUGCCAUGUGACACAGUCAUGGUACCACCACACAUGCUAACAGACCGGGGGGUUUCACUUUGUCGAAUCGAGCAAAAGCCAGGGGAAUUUAUAGUUGUAUUUCCACGAGCAUAUACCUCCAGUUUGGGUACUGGUUACGUAGUUUCAGAAAGUGUUUACUUUGCUACAACAACAUGGCUAGACUUAGCAAAGGAUGAUUUCAAGGAUAUUCAUGAUAGCUGCGAACCGGCCAUGUUUUCUUUAGAGCAAUUGCUGUUCACAAUGGGAUACGAUCAACGCGUUUCCUUAGAUACAUUGCAACAAAUGCUACCCAUGUUAAAUGAUGUUUUCGAAAAGGAAACUUCUGCCAGAGAAAAACUAAAAUCCGCUGGUGUAACAACGAUAGAGAAAGUGCAAAACGAAAAGGGUACGAAGGCGAAAAAACAACAGCAACCACCAUUGAAAUUAAUCGAUGGGGAAUGUGAUUUAUGUCGUGCUAAUCUGUAUAUAUCUAUGGUGAAGACGGAUGAAGGAAGCGUCUACUGUCUGCAACAUGCUUUAAAAAAUCUUAACAAUGGAAAUCUGCAAGCUAAACAGUCUAAGCUGAUUUUCGCAUAUAGUGUAGAGGACAUCCAAAAUCUUAUCAAACAUUUAAAGGACAAAUUACAUCAAAAGAAAAGCGCAGUUACCAAUAAGAAAGGAAAGUAAAUGAAAUUAAUUAGAACAAAAGUUGGAAAUGUGCUGCUAUUAUGAUGUUUCCGUUGAAUGUAUAUUUUUGUCAGAAGUGAGAAAAGCGUUUAGCCAAUGGAAGGAAAUUUAGUUUUGAGAAUUAGUUUACGUAAUGCAAAUGUUUCCAGUUAUAGCACUUUGUAAAAGUCAGUAAACGCGUGGAUGCAAUACUUUUUAAACAAAUUGUUAAAUUUCAAUAUAAUCUAAAAGGAUAGAUAAGCAAAGCUAUUAUUAUCCCAACGUAAAUUCCUUACAUAUGCUAUGAGUAUGAAUCACGCAAUGAUACUUCAUCAAAUAUAUUGCAACUCAGGAAUAGUACAUAUCUCUACGCGUUUGUUGACAAGUCGCUCCGUUUACGGAAGCAUAGGAGCUCUUUAAGUUGACUGUUGUAGUUAUAUUUGAUAGUGUAACCGUCGAACUGUGUGUAACUGUUCUUAGCAGCACAAACUGAAGCUUUAAAAAUUUUCUAUAAACUUAAUUCGUUUAAACAACAACAGUUAUUCAAUUCGAGAACACAAAAUUUAACGAAAAAAUAUUACACAUUUUAUGUAGUUCGUUCACUAAACUUCACUUUUAGAUCACAAAAAUUUAUGCAAAAUCAGUUUAAAGAACAUGUAUAUAUUAUUUUUUUAAAAGUAAAUGGUAAACAUUUGUUUGUGUUUUGUUUAUUUUACUGUUGUUAAUACCAAAACUCCGACGGGAUUGGUGUGUGGUGAUUAGUUAUCGUAGAUCAGGAAGUGUCAGAAGCAUCAUAAAAUAAUGGCUACGCGUAGUAGAACAAUGGCUGCAGGUCGGUGACCUGUAUCUCUGGGUGAUAGACCCGUCGCUUUGGGUGAUAGACCAGUGAACGGGUCAUAAUGGCUAUGAGUGGUAAACCAAAUUUUCUGGUUCAAAAACCUGUAGCUCAGGUACAUAUACUAAUGACUCUAGGUCGUAGAUUAAUGACUUUAGGUCGUAGAGUGGUAGGUCCAGAUAAUAAAUCAGUAUUGUCAGUAUAAGUAAAUUUAUGCAACUUGCUGGAGCUUGAGUGAAGUUAAAGCUAACUUUAACUUUAUGUAUGAUGAGCUGUGUAACUAAUAUUUAUUUGUUCUAACAUAUAUAUUUAUCGUGAUUUUUUUUGGCAAUCAAAAAAAAAAAAAUAU